CGGCCCGCCCUCGGCUCUCCCACCGCGCCGCGGAGCCAGCCCGGGAAGCCCACACCGGCGGGCACGGCGCGGGAGCCCCCACCCGCGGCAGCCGCACGCCUCGACGUCGAAGCGCGGCAGGUUUCUGGGGCUGAGAAGACAUAACCUUGUGCCUGCCUGCUCACCCCAGUCUCAUCCUGCUAGUCCCUCAGGGUCUGAGACACUGACCUUCACUGCCCAGCCAAGGGUACCACAGACUGUGCUAUCUCCAGACCUGUCCAGCUGAGUAAACCCGGGUUGUCAUUACACCUGAGGGCACUGAGGAGUGGGCAGUCAAAGCACCAGAGCAAGAGCCCUCUGGGGCCUCAGGCAGAGGAGUGAAACUGGAACCAUCAGGGAACAUGAGUGAAUUCUGGCACAAACUAGGUUGCUGCGUGGUAGAGAAACCCCAGCCGAAGAAGAAGAGGAGACGAAUUGACCGGACCAUGAUUGGGGAACCAAUGAAUUUUGUCCACCUGACUCACAUUGGCUCUGGGGAGAUGGGGGCCGGAGAUGGACUUACCAUGACAGGUGCUGUCCAGGAGCAGAUGAGAUCCAAGGGAAACCGAGACAGGCCAUGGAGCAAUUCUAGGGGCUUGUAGCUCCGACAGGAAUGGUUCUGCUGUUGAAGCCUCCACUCCAUGUCCAGCCCAGAAGAGAUGUUGCUCCCUCCUAGAACCAGUGACCCCUGGGUCCCUCUUUUCCCUAUCUGCCUAUUAGUGCCUCAGAAGGCUUGGGGGCUGGACUCCCUCUAUUCCCUCUGGCUAUAGCCCCUCCUGGAGAUGGGGUCAAGGCAGCAGGACUGACCAAGUGACUACUGGUUGGCCAGAGGAGCUCAGCUGAAGCCCCGGACACUCUCAGAUCUGAGAUAGGAGUUUUCUGGGAACCCAGGAUAAGUUCCCUUCUCCUGAAUGACGGUCUAGUUGCCAUCUGUUUUAAACUCUUAACCUGGAACUCCUUAAAUGGGGUAGGUGAGUGAGAUUCCCAAAGCUGAAGCCAGCUUUUUGCUGAGAAGCUCCUUACCUGCCCUUCUUCUUCCUCCUGGAAUGAACUGAAGCAGACGUCAAGCAGGGAGAGGAGGGGAGGGUGACCACUGCCGAGUCUACUCUUUCUCUUUAGAUCUCAGACUUUAAGCUCACAGCCCCUCAGUAUCUCUCUCCAACUACCAGGGUCUUUCUCUAAUUAGGCCUCUAACCCUGUUUCUGUAGCAUUGUGAGUCCCCCAACAUCUUUAAUUAAAAUUUUAAGAUGA